CAUGGAAAUAAUGUUAAGGUCCCACAUUAUAUUGGUUUUCUGCGCAACUCUUCUCAUCCCAAAUAACUGCCAAACUGACAUUCGGUCGCCAAAGGACCACGUUUCCUUAUUCAUCUUUGGAGAUUCACUGUUCGAUGCAGGAAACAACAAUUACCUCAAGCAUGCUGCUUUCAGAUCAAAUUUUUUUCCCUAUGGCCAAACAUUCUUCAAGCAUCCCACAGGCAGAUUUUCCGAUGGUCGCCUAAUUUCAGAUUUCAUUGCUGAGUAUUUGAAGUUACCACUGCUUCCACCUUAUCUUCAACCUGGUAAUCAGAACUAUACACAUGGAGUGAACUUUGCAUCUGCUGGAGCUGGUGUUCUUGCUGAAACUCGUCAAGGAUUGGUGAUAGACCUGAAUACUCAGCUUAUUUAUUUCAAAGAUGUGGAGAAAAAGCUGAGGCAACAAUUGGGUAAUGAAGCGACGUACAAAUUAAUAUCCAAAGCUCUUUAUUUGCUUAGCGUUGGAGGCAAUGAUUACUUUGCAAUGCUCACCUCAAAUUCCACUGUGUUUCUGUCAUUUUCCAAGGAGGAUUUUGUUGGGAUUGUUAUCGGCAACCUCACAACUGUAAUCAAAGAAAUUUACAAGAAAGGGGGAAGGAGAUUUGGAUUUACAAAGGUAGGGCCUUAUGGUUGUGCACCGGCCGGUAGAGUACUGAAUGGCAGUGGUGGCUGCCUGGAACAAGCCACAGCUCUAAUAAAACUACACAACAAAGCACUGCCAAAGGUCCUUGAAGAUCUCAAAGGAGAGCUCAAAGGGUUUGAUUAUUCAGUUCUUGAUUUCUACACUGCAUUAAGCAAAAGAAUGGAUCAACCUUCAAAAUAUGGUUUUAAAGUGGGGAAAGUGGCAUGUUGUGGGUCUGGACCAUUUAGAGGAAUUCUAAAAUGUGGACAAAGAAAUGAGUAUGAAUUGUGCGAUGACACUACUGAACAUGUGUUCUUUGAUUCUGCUCAUCUCACUGACAAGGCCCACAAUCAACUGGCUAAGCUCAUGUGGAGUGGAAGUACUGAUGUUACAAGCCCCUGCAAUCUCAACACGCUACUUAUGGCUUAAUAAGGCAGCAGCAAAUAUACAACUUUUGUAUUACUAGCUGUAGCCUAUUAAUUAUUGAGUUUUAAUAUUCCAUGUGUUUAAACUUUAAAUUGCUUCACUUUCCAUCUGGUAUUUAUGGGAUUCCUCAGCUUCUGGUAGAAAAGAUUAGAAUUUUCGUUUCUAGAC